GUAAGGUCGCGAUAAAUACUGACUUGUAUAUUAAUGUAUAAUAUUUAAUUCAGAAAAUCGUAUUAUUUACUGUUUAGGUAUACUAUUAUGUGUAUUUCAGUUUUCUCCUUACGUUGUUGGCUAUGCGUGUUAAAUAUACUUUGAACAGUACGGGAAUACUCAAUCAGCAGUUUGACAGCAUACCAGGACGCAAAAUUGCCAAAAGCUUUUUACAAGUGGUCUUGGAGCUUAAAAAACUUAACACGACAAGAAGUCGUUUGAGCUCAUGGACCUUAAAAAGACAUGGGUAGUUUUUAUAUAUAUAUAUGAAAAGUGUAUGCUAAUAUACAACUGACAAUAAGUCGGAAGUUAGGAAUUUUUGGACCAGAAUCUGUGACUGCUGUGUAAAGACACUUUGGUAAAAAGGCGCAGCCGGCUGCUUCAAAAUUACAUGUGGGAGUCUGACGAGAAUAACACAUGCAUGGACUGAGUAUCUUGUAUGCAGAUGAUGGCUAAUAUGAAAGCAGUUUUGUUAAAGAUAGUACUGGCCGGCGAAUCGUUCGUAGGCAAAACAUCUAUUUUAAAAAGGUAUACCGACAGCAAGUUUGACGCAUCUUUUCUCACUACAGUAGGUAUUGAUUUUAAAGUAAAAACAAUAACAAUUGAUGGCAUAGCAGUUAAACUCCAAAUAUGGGACACUGCUGGUCAGGAGCGAUUUCAUACUCUCACAACUAAUUACUUAAGAGGAGCACAUGGUAUUGUUCUUGUAUAUGAUAUCACAAAUAUCAAAAGUUUUAAGAAUGUAUCUGGCUGGAUUAGAGAUGUUGAUAAGUUUCACCUGGAAAGUGAUGACAAGUCACAGUGUUCUGCUGUCACCAAAAAACAAGGAUAUUACAGAAUUAGACACUGUAUCAGUGCAUUUAUCAUUGUAUAUGGUAUGCACCUGUGUAAGAAAUGGAAUGAUAUACAUAUUUGUUGUGAAAUAUUUAAAGACUUUUGCAGUGAUGAUGCUGUGAAACUAUAA